GUCAGCUGUGCGCCUGUGUACGGGAGUGAUGCGGGCGGGGACAGAGCGGGAGAGGACACACACACAGCUGAUCUGCUGCUGCUGCUGCAGGGAUGAGGGAAGACCCGUUUUUUGCUGGGAUGAGGGACCUCAGUUAUUUUGCCUGUGUGGUCGGUGGUGGAGAGUUCCUGUUGCUCUAUCCAAUACACAGGAGCAAGGACUUAUCUGGAUAUCUGACUGAAGAAGACCUUCAAGGCAUCACCGACUUCAAUGACCUUCCCACGUCUCUGUUUGCAUGCAACGUGCACCAAUCUGUGUUUGAAGAUGGAGCCAGCAAGGAGAAAUUUGAGGGUCUCUUUCGAGCGUACGAUGACUGUGUCACCUUACAACUUUUCAAGAGCUUCCGAAGAGUUCGAAUAAACUUUAGUAACCCAAAGGCAGCAGCGCGGGCAAGGAUAGAGCUACAUGAGACACAGUUCAGAGGGAAGAAAUUAAAACUUUAUUUUGCACAGGUCCAAACAACAGAAACAGACGGUGACAAACUCCACCUGGCACCACCACAGCCUGCUAAACAAUUCCUCAUCUCUCCUCCUGUAUCCCCUCCAGUGGGUUGGAAGCCCAUAGAUGAUGCAACCCCAGUCAUCAAUUAUGAUCUCCUUUAUGCAGUUGCUAAGCUUGGCCCAGGACAGAAGUACGAGCUGCAUGCAGGAACAGAGUCCACCCCUAGCGUUGUAGUCCACGUAUGUGACAGCGACCUAGAAGAAGAGGAGGAAACAAAGACGUCACCCAAACCUCGAAUCAUCCCAACACGGCGCCCCGGCCCGCCGCCCUCCCAAUCCAACUGACCCUCCAACACAGUGUUACCACCCAUCUUUCUAACACUGGGUUCUAUCCCUUUCCCUCCUAUAGACAGUAGGAUUUCCUCCCUUUUUAAAGGGAUGUUACUGCUACACGGUCAUAUUAGCAUGUGUCCAUAUGAAAGCUGUAGUGAAGCCUUGGUAAACUUGCUGCGUGCCAGUGACGGCUUGAAACGCAUCUCGUCAUCUUCCAAGUCCUUCUGACACCGAGCGAGUUCUUAAAAGGGCUGAGGACAGGGAUUCUCUAUUGACAUGCGAUGAUAACAUAUCAAAGGCAAAAAAAAGUGUUUCCCGUUUUGUUUAAUGUUUGCACAUCACGUUACGGUUAUUAUUGUGAGUCGUCAGCUGCAUUUCGUAAAAAGUCGCGUGUUUCGUGUCCUGAAUGGGGCCGACCAUUCAAAAAUGACUUUUUUUUUUUAGUAUCUGAACCGGUCUAUGCCAGUGGAGAUGCAAUAGUUAAUAGGCUGCAUUUUAUUAAAAGUUGGUUCUUGUUACAAUAUGGCUGCCGAUUUUAUGUGGGUAUCUAGACUGCUUUCGCUGAGUAUUUAAAGGAAAACUGUCACUAAACUCCCCCGCACUAACCAAAGGUACUGGCU